AUGAUACUCUUGGCGAUUUUGGCGCCCGGCAGCUUCGCGAUGAGUAUAAAUUACGAGGAUCCGGAAACAGAGGCUGGCCUUCGUUCUCAUCGUUACGAGGAGGGCGGCGGCGCCGAUCGUCACUCCGGUCACGAAAAUAAACACGGUGAUAGCGCCGACGAGAGCUAUAAAGAUUACCAGGACGUCGAAGAAAUUAGGAGAGAUGAUCACGAUCUGAACAAAGACUAUGAAGGAUACGCCGUAAACGAGGCCGGGGGCGAGCACCGCAAUUACGAUGACGAUUACUACGACGGGCAUCGUGUGGACGAAAAGGACGAAGAUGGUGAAUCGUUUCACGAGGAUGGUCACCAUGGAAAGGGACAUAGUACUAACGGUCACCACGAAACGAAGAAACUCGACGAGUUCGUGAAACGUAAAGAAUUUCACGACAGUGAUUAUGAAUCUGACUUUGACGAGCAAGAGGACGGAAAAGAAGACGAUUUUGCGCACGGAAAUGAUGGACACCAUAAAGGAGAAGAGUAUAUUCACGAUGACCACGAUGGAGAUUAUGGAAAGAAGAAUUAUUAUAAAAAGGGACACGAUAUUAGCGAUUAUAUGGAAUACGGUAACGAGAACGAUCCUGAGGAUUAUUAUUACAACGAUUAUCGUUAUGGGAAAUCUGAUGAAUACGAUGAUAAGAAGAAGUGGGGGUAUAAGAUGGAUCGUUAG